AUGAGUCCACAUGGCCAGCAACACCAGCAGCAAGAGGGGCACCAGCGGCCCGGUCUAACGCUUGUGGAGACCGAGAAGGACCGCCGCAUCCGCCUGGGCCUCCUCACUCCCUUCGACCGCCUGGCGGGAUUCGAACGCAAGCACCGGGCUGCUGGGUUCGGGUCGCUGCGGCACCUGGGCCGUCCGGAGUUGCGGCCAGAGGAGGCGGCGGCGCUGACUCGCAGCGGCAGGCCCGUGGGGCAGGUGAUUGCGGAGGCGGGCCGCGUGGCACUGGAGGCACGUACCAGUCGGCGGAUGGCGCAGUUUCUGGAGCCGGAGCAGUUGCCGCAGCAGGAGCGGGAUGUGCGCCGAGUGCCUCAGCACUUUUGGCGCCAGGCCGCGUCCUCCCAUAGCGCCGGCGGUACCUCCAGACUCAGGCGCAAGAGCACCCUGCCGCGGGCCAACACGGCGGAGGCACGGGCUGCGGCGCGAGCGGCGCGGAGGGCGGAACGCCGUACUGUGGCGGCAGCGGCAGCAGCCAUCGGCGGCAGCGUCGCCGGCGGCGACGGCAGCGAAGGGGCUGGCGAUGGUGGCGGAAGCGAUGGGAUCCGACGAAGGGAAAAUGAAAGACGGAAGGGGGGGAGAAGGAGGGAGGAGGAGGUGGGAGGCGAGGACGAGGAGGGGGAACGGGAGGGGGAGGGGCAGCGGCGACGUAGGAGGAGGACGACGCGGUCGGGGCAGGCGGCUGGCGGCGGUGAAGCCGGAGUCCAUCCUGGGGUCGCCGGCGGCGGUGGCGGCGGAAGCGGCGGCGAUGCCGAGGCCUCCGCCUCCGUCACCUCUUCCGCUGAGAGUGCGGGUGAGGGCGAGGACCACUCGAACUUCUCCGAUGAGCUGGCUGACGGCGGCUCCAGCGGAAGUGAAUCGUACGGCGGCACCAGCUGCAGCGCCGCCGCCGCCGACGACGACGACGAAGGCGACAGCGAAGUUGGAGCUGCCGGAGACCGGGGAGAUCCUUCCUCCUAUGAUGAUUCACUGUACGACGACGCUGACGAGGACUUUUACCAGGAGCGGCUGCGCCGCAGCCGCGCUGCAGCGGCGGCCGCCAGCGCGGGCGGGGGUGGCGGGCAUGGCGCGAUGCAUUCUUCCGCCGCCGCCGCCGCCGCCUCUGGACCGCCCCGCCAGCGGCGGCGGCGGCAGCGGCAGCGGCAGACUGCCGGUUAUGCUCACCUACGUAACGGUGAUCCGGACGAGAGGCAGCACGAGCAGCAUCUUGGUGAGGGCCCCAAGGUGCCCGCGGAAGAGGAGGAGGAGGAGGAGGAGGAGGAGGACGUCGUGUUCGAGGGCGGCUUCCGUGUUCCGUCCCGGCUGUACGGCAGACUGUUCGACUACCAGCAGACCGCCGUCAAGUGGUUAUGGGAGCUCCACACGCAGAGGGCGGGCGGCAUCCUAGGGGACGAGAUGGGGCUGGGCAAGACGGUUCAGGUGAUAGCCUACCUGGCAGGUCUGCACCACAGCGGGCUCUACCGGCCCUCCCUGAUCGUGUGUCCCGCCACCGUCCUCCGGCAGUGGAUGCGGGAGCUCCGGAGCUGGUGGCCCCCCUUCCGAGUGGUGCUGCUGCACGAGAGCGGCAGGAGCCCGCCGGCCGCUGCGACGGCGGUGAGACCGGACAGACCCGCACUGCUAGAAGUGGCCCUGAGCAGUCCCUCCGGACUCGUACUGACCACGUACGACAAUCUGCGGCUACAGCGGGACCUGCUACUGCGAGUACGGUGGGGAGUGGCCGUACUGGACGAGGGACACAAGAUCCGGAACCCGGACAGCGAAAUCACCCUGGUGUGCAAACAGCUUCACACGGUCCACCGGCUGAUCAUGAGUGGCAGCCCCAUACAAAACCGGCUGUCGGAGCUCUGGUCGCUGUUCGACUUCAUAUUCCCGGGAAAGCUGGGCACGUUGCCCGUGUUCCAGGCGCAGUUCGCGGUGCCCAUACAGGUGGGUGGUUACUCCAACGCCAGCAGUCUGCAGGUGACCACCGCGUACAAGUGCGCUGUGGUGCUGAGGGACCUCACGGCGCCGUACCUGCUGAGGAGACGGAAGGCGGAUGUCGCGGCGCAGCUGCCCGCCAAGAUGGAACAGGUGCUGUUUUGCACAUUGGUUUCGGAGCAACUGGAGUUGUACCGGGCGUACCUGGCCAGUACCGAGGUGGGUGAGAUCUUGGAGGGCAGUCGGAGGGCCCUAUGCGGUAUCGACAUCCUCCGCAAGAUCUGCAACCACCCGGACCUGUUGGAGCGAGUGACCGCACAAGAUGCGGAGGAUUACGGUAACCCCGCCCGCUCUGGUAAGCUCCGAGUGGCGGAGCGUGUGUUGACCUCCUGGCACACGGCCCGUCAGAAGGCGCUGCUGUUCUGUCAGACUCAGCAGAUGUUGGACAUCUUGGAGAAGCUGGUGGCGGGUCGGGGCUGGAGCUACCACCGCAUGGACGGGGGCACACCGGUGGCGGUGCGGCCCCGGCUGAUUGACGACUUCAACACCAACCCCGAUGUGUUCGUGUUCCUGCUCACGACUAAGGUGGGCGGUCUGGGUGUCAACCUGACAGGCGCCACCCGGGUUAUGUUGUACGACCCGGACUGGAACCCCUCCACGGACAUACAGGCCCGCGAACGUGCCUGGCGUAUCGGGCAGUCCCAUUCCGUGACCAUCUACCGGCUCAUCACGGCAGGCACCAUCGAGGAGAAGAUCUACCACCGCCAGAUUUACAAGAGCUUCCUUACGAACAAGGUGCUCCGAGACCCGCGCCAGAAGCGCUUCUUCACCGCCAGGGACAUCUCCGAGCUCUUCGUGCUGGGACCCGAGUACAGGAAGGGCGCCUCAGCGGCGGCGGCGGCGGCAGCGGGGGGUGAUGGUGGCGGCGGUACGGGUAGCCUGGUCGACACGGAGACAGCCCGCAUUUUCGGAGCUACUCUGGAUAUGCAGGACGCGCUGCGAGGAGGCGGCAGUGGCGGUGGCGGCGGCAGUGGCAAAAAUAGGAAGGGCCUGUCGUCCACAGCGGCAGCGGCGGCGGCGCUGCGCCGCCGCGGCGAACGUGACGGCGAAGACGGCGACGGCAGCGGCGGCGGCGCCGCCACCACCGCUGCGCCCAGUGGCCCAGGCCCAGGUCUCAGCAGUCGCUGCCCACAUCAGGGCCCCGAUGGGGGCUCAGCGCAGCGAGCCGGCUGGGGUAGGAGCAGCGCGGCUGGGCAGUCCGCGGCGGCGGCGGCCGGUGGCGGAGCCUACGACGCCGGUGACGAGGACGAGGUGCAUGACGGCGGUGGCGGUGCGGAGGCGGACGAGUCCCGGGUCCUGCGGGAACUUCUAGACGGCGGCGCGGGUAUCCGCGGCCUGGUGGACCACUCCAAGAUCGAGGGCGCCAAUGAUCCCGAAGUCAUUGCCGUACAUGCGGAGGCGCAGCGUGUGGCGCAGCGGGCCGCAGAGGCGUUACGUCGCUCCCGCCUCGCCUGCGCCGCCGCCUCCAUCGCCACGCCCACAUGGACGGGACGCCACGGCCGCGCGGGGGCACCGCAGUUGGCGACGGCCGCGGCGGCGCCGUCGCCUCCCUGGGGCGGCGGAACCUGCCGCACUCAACCGGCUCAGGCGCAGCCGCGCCAGCAGCAGCAGCAGCAGCAGCAGCAGCAGCGGGGGGUUGAGUCAUCCGCAGCGCUGCUGGCGCAAAUCCGUAGCCGCCAACAGGACAUAAGAAGCGCCGCGGCGGCGGCAAGCCGCGGCGCCGACGCCACUGCAGGCGCGUCGACCAGCACCAGUGGUCGCAGCCACGGCGGUGGCGACUGCUCCUCCGCUGGCGGAACGGCAGCUGAGCGACUCGCUGGCGAGCUGGUGUCGUUCCUGGAGGAGCACGGGGGCCUGGUGGGUAGUGAGGAGCUAGUGGAGGCGUUUCGGUCACGGGUGGUUUCGGAGCAAAUGCCGCUGUUCAAGCAGGUGCUGCGCCAGGUGGCAGGACUGCGGCGGCGGGCUGGCGGCGGCGAAUGGGUGCUGAAGCCAGCAUUUGCCACGGCGCGGGUGCCGGCGGGGCUUGGCGGCGGGGAGGUAGCCUCUGGUGUCGCACAGGCGCAGAACCUGUUGGCAAAGAUGGCCGUGCAAAUCAGCAAGAAGCGGAAGUUUGUUGCGGAUGGCGUCUUCUACGCCGAGCUGAAUGAGCUGCUUACUCGGGAGCUGGCUGAGGAUGGCUACAGCGGUGUGGAGGUCCGCGUGACUCCCAUGCGCACGGAAAUCAUUAUCCGUGCCACUCGCACGCAGAACGUCCUGGGCGAGAAGGGCCGCCGCAUUCGGGAGCUGACAUCGGUGGUGCAGAAGCGCUUCAACUUCCCAGCCGAUAGCGUGGAGCUUUAUGCUGAGAAGGUUCUGGAUCGUGGGCUGUGCGCAGUUGCGCAGGCCGAGUCGCUGCGCUACAAGCUGCUUGGCGGCUUGGCCGUCCGCCGGGCGUGCUACGGCGUGCUGCGCUUCGUGAUGGAGAGCGGUGCCAAGGGCUGUGAGGUUAUUGUCUCCGGCAAGCUGCGGGCCGCUCGUGCCAAGAGCAUGAAGUUCAAGGACGGCUACAUGGUUAGCAGCGGCAACCCAGCCAAGGUUUAUAUCGACGCCGCUGUUCGCCACGUUCUUCUGCGCCAGGGUGUCCUGGGAAUUAAGGUCAAGAUCAUGAAGGACUGGGACCCGACCGGAAAGCGUGGCCCGCGCACUCCGCUGCCCGAUGUUGUUAAGGUGCUGGAGCCGAAGGAGGAGGAGAUCUUCCAGGAGAAGCCGCACAUUGGCAAGGAGGACAUGUAAGGCAUUUGGACCUUGUAAGUGGCGAAACGAUGGAU